UAAACUGGUAUCCAUUGGGAAAUCUUUCAGUUAGUACACAUCAAAAUUGAGAGCCUUGUGUAAAAGGCCAAGUAUUUGACUAAAAAAAAACAGAUUUUUGGCUUAGAACAUAAAUAUUAAAAAAAAAUGGCAAACUUAAUACGCAAAAUUCUAAAUCAGACCAAAGAUUUGACGCAAUGGAGAUAUUUGAUCAAGAGCAAUUUUAACUUGGCUAAUGUAAUGGGAACCACUGCAGAUCUUGAGCUGGAGGAACUGCGUUUGGAGCGUACUGAGCUGGAGGCCCGGUCGAAGGUACUUCAUCAGAGGCAGCGAUGCAUCGAGUCCAUGUUGACCGAUCUGACGAGAAGCAUUAAGCAAAUGGAAUUCGACAUUGACCUGAUGCAUAUACAGAAGCCGGCACCAAUGGCGCCCCAGGACACGACUAACUCAGAGCAGCCAGCGAAACGCGAACAGAAAAUAUAGAGCAGCAGAGCGUCUGAGCGUGCAUGAGAGAGCAAAUGAGUCGGUGAUUUUGUUUUCUUUUUUUUUUGUGUUGGCUUAUCAGGGGUAAACUUGGAAGACGCAAAUUGCAAAAA